CCUUAGCCAAAGAGAAGAGACUUUCGCCCUCGGGCCGCCCGCGCUGCUCGCGAAGGGGCGGAGUUGUGGAGUGGAUGUUUUGGCAAGAUGGCGGGGAUCGGCGUCCGCCGAGCUGCGACUGCUGCCAGCACCUCUGUGAAGCCCAUUUUCAGUCGGGACAUGAACGAGGCCAAGCGAAGAGUGCGCGAGCUCUACCGCGCCUGGUAUCGGGAGGUGCCGCACACUGUGCACCAAUUCCAGCUGGACAUCACUGUGAAACAGGGACGAGAUAAAGUCAGAGAAAUGUUUAUGAAGAAUGCCCACGUCACAGACCCCAGAGUGGGGGAAAGAUGGAACUGGAAGAAACGAUUAACGUAUGGAAGCAGCGGACACACAUCAUGCGGUUCUUCCAUGAAACAGAAGAGCCAAGGCCAAAGGAUUUCUUAUCCAAGUUCUAUGUUGGCCAUGACCCAUGAAGUCACGCAGUGGAAAGGUGCAUGUUCAUGUUAUUUUAGAGAACAAAUAAACUCACUAUACGAUGGUCACUUCGUGAUAGACUGCCAUUGAUGAACCAAUUUUCUGCAGCCUCUUUUUGCCUGAGCAAGCGGGUCCUUGGUAUACACACCACCUGUUCUUUCCCUUUUCUUGAAAUGUGGUGUUUGCUGUAAAUUGGAUUGAAUUAUUUUUCUCAGAGCCUUACAUUUCAGUAAACAGGAAGGAAGGAGGCCAUCUGUUCAAAAACUGUCACACUGGGUGUGAGGCUGGAUGACUUAUUAAUGUAGUUGUUUCUACAGCCCCUAUGAUUAGACACCUUAGUGUCAGGCCACAGAUGAUCCAAAAUUAGCCAGCUUUUGCUGUCAGAGAGGGAUGAGAGCAGCACCAGCAGGUGCAAAACUAGAGCUGACAAGAUGGGCUAGUUUUCCCUGGGUUCUGAAGAAAAUGGAUGUGCAAAGGCCUGGCUCCACUACUUGUAACAAGCUCCAGCCGUUAAAAUGAACUGAACUUCCUACUCAGGCACCCUGCUAGGUGCACAGCUGUUCAAUAUACAUAGGGAGAAUAGAAAUAUUCCUACUGUCUUUGUAAACUCUGGGGUACCUCUUAGUGGCAGGAGAAUAAACAACAUCAACCCCGGUUCAAGAACUGA